UGCGCAGCAAACUCGAGGUUCAGUUAAACGUUAAAGUCAGAGCAACAUCAGACCCGAGCCUGCUGCGUUUACAUCAACAAAUGUCACUCGGACCACAAUGGCAGACCAUUCCGUGAAGUUCUCCAAAAACAUCUUGCGCAUGAAGUUCAUGCAGCGAGGCCUGGAUGAGGAGACGAAGAAAUAUCUCGAAGAAGACGAGAAGCGAAUAAUCAACGACGAACACUGGUACCUAGACAUCCCAGAGCUCACAGCUCAAGAGACCUUCGUCAUAGAGGAGAGGAGUUUUGUGCCUUGUGAAGACCUGAAGUAUGGCAGAAUGUCUUUCAAAGGUUUUAAUCCAGAAGUUGAGAAACUAAUGCUUUUGAUGAACACGAAGGACAGGGCUGAGGAAGAGGAGGACCUAGGCAGAAUGGAAACAGACAUCACUGAUGAAGACAUGGCUAGAAGGUACGAGAGUCUAGUCGGGAGCAUGAAGAAAAAGUUUGCGAAGAAAAGGGAGUGGUCAGCCAUUGAAGAAGAGGAAGACGUUAACCACAACAUUGCAGAAACCAACAAAAGGGUCUUUCUCAAACCCCAAGACUAAACUCGUGAAGGUUUAUGUCUGAAGUGUGUGUUUUUACGAGAAUUGUUCAUCAGUUUUUUAAAAAAUUUGUAUAAAAUGUAAAGAUGUUGGUAGGCAUAUGUACUGUCUUGAGGCAGAAUGGAUGUUAUACAUCCUCAUUUUUUAAAAAGAAAUGUAUCUUAAGAUGCUGUGAGGGUUGUGGACAUAUAUAAUUCUGUUUUUACUGUGUUACAAUCCAUGUACCACGGAAAGAUUUCCAUUAAAUGCGUUGCUCAUUAUUGACCUCGUAUCACAUGUAAAUGCUCU